CGCGCCGCGCCACUCCCGGUGCCGGCCCGGUCCGUCCCGUCGGCGCGGAUGGCGGCGCGAGGCGCGGGCCCGUGGCUGCUGCUGGCGGCGGUGCUGUGCGCGGCGGCGGAGCCGCGCUGCCCGUCGUGCGCGGCGGGCGCGGAGCGGCGGCUGCUGGAGGAGGCGGCCAAGCGGCAGCUGCUGGAGAAGCUGCGGCUCCGCGAGCGGCCGAGGCUCGCCCACGCCGUGCCCCGCGCCGCCGUGGCCCGCGCCCUGCGGCGGCUGCAGGCGGGCGGCGCCCGCCGGGGCCCCGACGAGGAGGAGGAGGAGGAGCGGGGCUACGAGAUCAUCAGCUUCGCGGAGCCAGAGCCCACGUCUCCCUCUGGCUUGGGGCUGCGGUUCCAGUUCAGCCGUACGCAAGACCAGGACGUUCACAUCCUGCAGGCUCAGCUUUGGCUCUACCUUCGAGUUCCCCGGGACCUGGUGGCCAGCCUCACCCUGAGGAUCUUCCUUGCUGGUGGGGAAGGUGAUUUGGUGGGGGGCAAUCGCACGCUGCUGAGCGAGAGGCGACUGAGUGCUAAGGGCAGUGGCUGGCGCGCCUUCACCCUCAUGCCUGCCCUGCAGAGUUUCUUUGGGGGAGAGCGCAGGACCCUGCGGCUGGAACUGGAAAGCCGCGGGAAUGGGGGUGAUAUAAUGGCAAUAGUCAAUGCCAGCCGGUCCCACCAGCCCUUUCUGGUGGCCAAGGCAAAGGUGCGGGAGCCAGGACACCACGUGGCCAAGCGCAGCCUUCGCUGCAGCCAGAACUCCAACCUCUGCUGCCGCAAGGACUACUAUGUGGAUUUCCGCGACAUUGGUUGGAACGACUGGAUCAUUAAGCCUGAGGGCUACCAGAUAAACUACUGUGUGGGCCAGUGCCCUCUACACGUGGCAGGCAGCCCUGGGAUGGCCUCUUCUUUCCACACAGCUGUAUUCAACCUUGUCAAAGCUAACAACAUCCAGGCAUCGGGGCACUCUUGCUGCGUGCCCACGCGACGCCGGCCACUCUCUGUCCUCUACUUCGAUCGCAAUAGCAACAUCGUCAAGACUGACAUCCCUGACAUGAUUGUUGAUGCCUGUGGCUGUAGCUAGGGCUGGGGGAGCCGUGCUGGGUACCCCCCUUCUCCAGGACUGUCUGGUGGGGGGGCGGGGGGGAGAGCUCCCUUGGGCUGGAGUCAGACUGUGGUGCAAUGGACCCCUUGGGAGGGAGGGAGAAGGGUGUUGUCGGGGGAGCAGGGGAUGUCUCCAGAGAGCACUUGGGGUAGGGGUCUCUGGGGACAAGUAGGACAGAGCCAAGGCCACAUUAGGCUGCUUGGGUCUGAGCUGCGGGUGGCUGGUGACUCCGGGCAUCCCUGCCCUCGCUGGCAGCAUCCCCCUGGUCCCAAGCUGAUCCCGCAUUUCUGGUCGUUGUGUUCCCCUCUGUGUGGGGUGAGGGGGGCCUGCUGUGCUCACGUCCAGAGUGUCUGGUGACCCUUUGGGACUCAGCCUCCUUGAGAGCAGAGUGGAACGCAGGAACGGGGCUGUUUCCCCCAAGUGGGGAAACUGGAGGACAAGAGGCAGUCCUGCUUUUCUCCCCUACUGCUACAAAUCUUCCUGCACCAAAGUUGGGCCGCUUGUUGGGAACAGGUGGAAUGAGGCAGAAAUAACAGACCUGGAAGACGAGGAUGAAGGGUAUGACUUUGUCAAGAACCCCAAAACUGCAAUGACUAGACACGGCCCUCUGCUCCCAGGAGGGCAUGGAACUGCGAGGGAUGGCCUUGCUUUGUGGCCAGGUCCUGGGUAUUUCUCCUGUCAUUUCCCUGGGUUUUGUGCUUUUCUUCCCUUCUUCCCAUCCCACCAGUCAGGUCUCUUCCAGCCCAGUGCCUCCUUACAAGGCGGUCUAACUCAGACUUUGCCUUUAAGACUAUACUAAAGGUACAGAUUUUCUUUGUACCUCUAGUUUUGCAGCUAUUACUACUUCUACAGUAGAGGUUUAUGUAGCUGUUGGGACUCCCUGGUGCUCCGUUCUGUCUUCCCACCUCUCUGAAGAUCCCACUCUGCCUUUGCCUUCCUGAUACCCAUGUAUGCAAUGCACCCAUGCAGCCUCUGCUUUUAAUUUAUUUUAAUACCUUGGUGCGGCUUCCCCAAUAAAUGGGUGGAA